GGCUGCACUCUGUGUUGAACGCUCAGUACCACAACUCCCACAAUCCCUUGCUGGCAGUCACUCGUGUUGAACCGCGAUAUGGCGUCUUCUUGAAGCGUACAUAAAUCGCAAGUGUAUUGUUGACAAGUGUAUAAGAUGGCAGCCGACUCCACAGACAAGAAGGAGGCUGAAGCCUCAGCGAGCAAAGACAGGGAGAGGAAACGCAGCCGUUCACGAGAACGCAAACGCAAUCGUUCUCGUGAAAGAAAUCGCUCUAAAUCUGCAGAAAGAGAUCGGCGUAUGAAAGAAAAAGAUAGAGACAAGGAGCGUGACAGAGAUAAGGACAGAGAGAGAGGCCGCAAGGAGAGAGACGGCCAUCGACGUGAUAAAGAUCGCAGCAAGAGGUCCAGAAGUCUCUCCCCCAAGUCGAAGGAAGCCAAAUUAAAGCGAGACAAGGACAUAAAAACAGAAGAGGAGGAAGAUGAAAAAAAGAAGAAAGACAAGGUCCAACCUUUAUCUUUGGAAGAGCUUCUCGCCAAGAAGAAGGCAGAAGAGGAAGCAGAAGCGAAGCCCAAGUUCCUCUCCAAGGCAGAGCGAGAAGCCGAGGCUCUGAAACGGAGGGACCAACAGACGGAGGAAAGGAGGAGGUUGUUGGAAGAUGAGAGGAAGAAGAGAAGGAUGUUCCAGGACAUGGGGAGGAAAAUGAUGGAGGACCCCCAGGAGAGGGAGAGACGAGAGCGGAGAGAGAGAAUGGAGCGAGAAAAUAAUGGGAAUGAUGACGAUGAUGGACGACAAAAGCUCAGAGAAGAGAAAGAUAAAAGCAAAGAACUCCACGCCAUCAAGGAGCGUUACCUGGGCGGGCUCAAGAAACGCCGGAGAACUCGUCACCUGAACGACAGGAAGUUUGUGUUUGAGUGGGACGCUUCUGAAGACACCUCAGUCGACUACAACCCGAUUUACAAAGAAAAGCACCACGUGCAGCUGUACGGACGAGGCUUCAUCGCUGGCAUCGACUUGAAGCAGCAGAAAAGAGAGCAGUCACAUUUCUAUGGUGACCUGAUGGAGAAAAGGCGUACGCUGGAGGAGAAGGAGCAGGAAGAGGUAAGACUGAAGAAGAUGCGUAAGAAGGAAGCGAAGCAGCGUUGGGACGACAGACAUUGGUCUCAGAAGAAGCUGGAAGAGAUGACGGACAGAGACUGGCGAAUCUUCAGAGAGGACUACAGCAUCACCACCAAGGGAGGAAGGAUCCCGAACCCCAUCAGGAACUGGAAGGAGUAUUCGAUGCCUGAUCAUAUCGUGGAGGUCAUCGACAAGUGUGGCUACAAGGAACCAACGCCUAUUCAGAGGCAGGCCAUUCCUAUUGGCUUACAGAACCGUGACAUCAUCGGUGUGGCCGAGACGGGUAGCGGUAAAACGGCUGCUUUCCUGAUUCCACUGCUCGUCUGGAUCACCACCCUGCCGAAGAUCGACAGGAUUGAAGACUCAGAUCAGGGUCCUUAUGCUGUGAUCCUGGCUCCGACUCGUGAGUUGGCGCAGCAGAUUGAAGAGGAGACCAUAAAGUUCGGUAAACCGCUCGGCAUCCGCACAGUGGCUGUGAUUGGUGGAAUCUCCAGAGAGGACCAGGGCUUCCGUCUCAGGAUGGGCUGCGAGAUUGUGAUCGCCACCCCCGGUCGUCUGAUCGACGUGCUGGAGAACCGGUACCUGGUCCUGGGCCGCUGUACCUACGUCGUGCUGGAUGAGGCCGAUCGUAUGAUUGACAUGGGCUUCGAGCCCGACGUCCAGAAGAUUCUGGAGUACAUCCCAGUGACCAAUCAGAAACCAGACACCGAUGAAGCAGAGGAUCCAGAGAAAAUGAUGCUGAACUUUGAAUCUGGAAAACACAAAUACAGACAAACGGUCAUGUUCACAGCCACUAUGCCUGCAGCCGUGGAGCGACUGGCCAGGAGCUACUUAAGACGUCCUGCCGUGGUGUACAUCGGCUCUGCCGGCAAACCUCACGAGAGAGUCGAACAGAAGGUGUUGCUCAUGUCAGAGGGAGAGAAGAGGAAGAAGCUGCUGGAGGUUUUGUCACAUGGCUUCGAGCCUCCCAUCAUCAUCUUCGUCAACCAGAAGAAGGGUUGUGACGUGCUGGCGAAGUCUCUGGAGAAGAUGGGGUACAAUGCUUGCACGCUGCACGGUGGCAAAGGCCAGGAGCAGCGAGAGUUUGCGCUCUCCAACCUCAAGGCAGGAGCCAAAGAUAUCCUGGUGGCCACUGACGUUGCUGGUCGAGGUAUCGAUAUCCACGACGUCUCCAUGGUUCUUAACUACGACAUGGCUAAAAACAUUGAAGAUUACAUCCAUCGUAUCGGUCGUACGGGUCGUGCCGGUAAGAGCGGUAUGGCCAUGACGUUCCUCACCAAAGAGGACUCGGUCGUGUUCUACGACCUGAAGCAGGCGAUCCUCGAGAGCCCCGUCUCCACCUGCCCUCCAGAGCUGACCAACCACCCUGACGCUCAGCACAAACCUGGAACCAUCCUGACCAAGAAGAGACGCGAGGAGACCAUCUUUGCCUGAUUUAUCCCGGCCGUUUGCAAACAAGUUGGACUUAAUAAGCUGAACACACAUCAGGGUCUCAAACUGUUUUAUCGUGUUGCACCUGCGCACCAUUUCUCUGUUUUACAUCCAGGAUUAGGUCUCCAGGUAAUUUACACUCAUUUCCUUUGUUCUCUUUUGAGUCUGUUUUUGUCUUUUCAGCCAGUCUGUUGUCGUUAACCGAAGCAGAAAUCAUCACCGCGCUGCUUUUGGGAUUUUAGGACUCGAUAUUUCUGCUCAUUCAAAGAUGUGUAAAUGUGGACUCAGUGCGAGAUGUUUUGCUUCUAUAAACUAGAAGUGACGAUGUAACUGAUCUGCACUGUAUAAAUGCUACUCUUCUGUUAUCAAAUGUGAUAAAUACCAGCCAGGAUGCGAGUGUAGACGUGUCUUAUGAAUUUCCUGUAAAACAUAAUUUGAAUAUCCCGAGACCAAUUCCAGAAGUGACGGCCAUUUUAUUUUUGCUUCAGGUGCGUUUUAUUCAUCUUUUUUUUUUAAUAUACACAUUUGUAUGAAAUUAAUACAGCAAAUUUGAGUGUCAUCUGGCUCAUAACUGUGUAAAAAAAACUUAGAAAGACUUCGAUCUUUUGGAGUAAUGUGAGUUUUAUUUAAAAAAACUUUAUUGGUUCCAUGGCUUGUUUACAAAACUAUUUUGAAAUUCUGACUCCGUGUCCUGCUUGUAUAAGUGAAACAGGUGCUGGCAGAUAAUGAGCAUCAAAAUUAACAAACCAAAAACAAUAAAUCAGAAACACAAAAAAAGGUAAAGGUAUUCAUGUUCAGUAUGUUUUGGAGUUACCUGUCAAAGGUGAUUAAUUCUAAUUAAUCAAGCCAUGUAACCGACAGACGUUUUAAUCGAAACUCCUCAUUACUCCUGCGCCUCGACAUGUGAGCGCCUGAACUUUGCUCUUAUGUUUAAAGGACUUUGUUUUUAUACCGCUGUGGCACCAAACGUGUGACUAACAAGUCAGAUUAACAGUGUUUAAAGGCCAUUUAAAAAAUAUAUUUCUCAUUUACUGCGGACAAUAAGGCCGUGCAUCAACACUAUAUGUUCAGCCAAACUUUUUAAAUAAGAAGUUUCUCACUGAUUUUGUCGGGUCCUCGUGGAAAAUUGUAAUGUGAUGUGUUUCUCUGCACCAAUUUGAGUUUAGCAGCAGUUUUAAUCCAGAUGUGAUGACAGUUAUGUGUCAAACUACACCCACAGUCCUGAAAAAGUAGAUUAGACAAGUUUUUGUGUGGAAAAACGUAACGAAUAAACCUAAGGAGUCCUUUUUUCUGAACUUAAACAUUUGCCUAUUUUGCAUUGAAUACAUAGAAAACCUUAAGAUACAUCUCUAAAAACACAAACGUGAACCUCGUAGUGGCACUAGAGGAAAGGUCAAAGUUCAUGGCGCUGCUGUAGAGUAAGUGUGUUUAUAGUGAAACAAAAAAAAGACAAACAAUUAAAAGUACAUAAAAUGUCAUGUUUAUUUUUUGAAGUCAUAUUUUUACUUAGCAUUGUAAAUCUAUUUUCAAAUAGAAAGCAUUCUUUACAGCAUCAGGCAGGAAAUGUCUCACUUUUUGCACAUUUGCUGUCUCUUUUGAUAAAUAGAGGGAAGAGGCGUGUUGGGUCACGCUAGCACGCUGUGGUAGUCUGGUGGAUACACGGUUAUAUUUAGUGCAGUUAUUGCAUUACAAAGCAACCAUCCCAAAACAAAGUAGUGCAAUGUCUUUUUUUUUUUUAUCUACUCACACAAAGAGGAAGUCCAGAUGGUCUAAGGCGUUUAAAGUUUUUCAAUGUUAGGCUUCGUAUUGCAUACAGAAUAAGACAGAGGAAACUAAAUUAAAACCCUUGUACAAAUUGUGCUUCAUAAAUUGAAAAACCUUUUAAUCAGUUGCUAAAUUGGUCCGCUUUGAAAAACAUACUCUGCCAAAGUAUAAUGAAAAUAACUAAUUGGUGAAGUAAAACAUGCAGGGCUUUUUAAUAAUAGUAAUUCACUCAUUCGUUUUCAUCACAAAUUAAAAGUAGGCCUGAUCUGGGACCGGGACAAUUUUUAAGUGAGUGACUUUUUAAAAGUGCGUCGACGAGUGUCCAGCCAAUAAUGUGGAGAGAAAAAUGUCCCCAAUAUUAAUGUGUGGAUAAAUAAAGUGAUGCAUUCUGA